AUGGAGGAAAAAAGCUCAAGGAGAUCUGUAAGGAGGAAGAUGUCUGUAUGGGAUGAGGACGAUGCUGUGGAUAGGAGGAAUGUGAGCAAAUGGGAGAUAACUCCGAGGACAGCAACGCAGUCAAAAAGGUUGAAGUGGGAUCAGACGCCUCUAGGAUAUAUCAGAGUGGAGGAUGAUUUGUGGAGCGGGACCAGAAUGAGCUCUGGAUCGGUCUGGGACAAGGAGGCGCUGGAAGGAGAGGGGGGUGCUGAGUAUUCUGAGAUGACGUUGAGGGAAAUAAAUAUGUGCUUGCCGGCGAAAGGAUAUAAAAGGUAUGAUCUUCGUUAUGCUUCUGGAGGUGAGGAGCUGAAUGUGAAGGAUUUGCCUGAGAUUUCUGCCGAGGAGAAGGACUUCUUUAUGCCAUUGCUUGAGGCCAAAGAUGGAGACGAGGCCGAUGUAUACAAAGGGAUAUUGCUGAUAAAGAACGGAAAUAAGAAGAUGAGCAUGCACGGGUUUAAGAUCCUCAAGAAGAAGGAUGUGAACGCUGUACUGGAAAAGGUACUUCUCAUGGCGAUGAGCUUAGAGCUUAGCGAUAAAGACAAAGAAAAGGUAAUUGGCCUGCUCCGGUUUCUCCUGAGCGAUGCUGAUAUGAGUGAGGUGAAGUACAUGAAGGAGGUACUGCUUGUGGUGGGGUCAUAUUCUUACUUUCCUUCUCUCAGAAGGAUGUGCAUGCCUGUGCUUGCUCUGAUUUACAGAUGUGGGUUUGAGCAUUCUAUCCAGGCCAUUGAAGAGUGCUUUACAAGCAAGGAGCCUUAUGUGAGAGAAGUGAGUGGAAAUGUUGUGGGAACAUUUAUAUGCCAUUUUGAUACGCCGAGAAUCCAUGGUCUUUUGUCAUCCUUAGCUAGAAGUAAGAGCGACGAGGCACGAAAGACUUGCAUAAGGUGCAUUAUAGGGAUUUGCGAGUUUGCAGGUGGAGACAUUGCAUCUUAUCUGGAGCCUGUGCUAGACAUACUCAGUAGGCUCGUUACGGACAGAAACAGGUUUAUAAGGAUGGAUGCAGCCAAUGCAAUGUCUUACAUAUUCAAGCUCAUCAGUCCGCUCAAGACACUGCAAAUGGAUGGGAUUUUCGAUAUUCUCAGGAAGGAGGUAUCAAGGUCCGGGGGCAUCGAGUUUAGCUCUCUACUGAAGGCGAUGUCUUGCCUGUGCCAUGGAAGGAAAGAGCAUUCUGAGGAGGUUUUUAAUCUGCUAAAAGAAUCGAACGAAAGAGGAACAUCAUCACUCAAGGUGUUUGAAAGGGUCUGUGAUACGAUUAGCAUCGAAGAUUCCUGGAAGUAUUUUGACCAAAUGUCUGGCAUCUUCUUUUCCUCAAAAGGAAGAGAGAAUGCAAGCCUGGUUGUUAGUAUUUGCACAAAGAUAGGCGGUGACGCCAGAGUUGCUAAAAGGAUCCUGGAGCACUACACCGAUCCUUUGAACGCAGGAUUGAUCUCAAGAAUAUUCAGUAGAAUUCCGAAGAUGAGAUUUGGGAAGGAAGAGGUGGAGAUGUAUUAUCGAAGCAUAUGUAACGCCAUUCCCCAUGAUGGGGCGACAGCCAGCCUUGUGCUUCUGCUUGUUUCCAAGGAGUUUUUACAGCAGAGGCAUGUGUCUAUGGUUGCAUCGGAGUCGUUCAAGCUUCUAAAGGACCCUUCACUGGAUACCAGGAUCAGGGGACUUAAAGCAAUAGGAGGCCUUGCAAAGAUCCUAAAUGCGAAGGAGCUGUCAUACUAUGGAAACCUUCUUAUGGAGAACAUAACAGGAAGCGAUCAGGAGACGCUGCCGUUUGUCCUUAAAGCGAUAUGUAGUGUAUACAACAGCCACCAGUUUAGGCCGGCAUACGAGAUUGUCCCAAGCAUCCUCCCGAUCCUGAAGUCUAAAGAGCAGAAGGCUGUUGCAUCUGGAGUGAUGCUUCUCCAUACGAUAUGCAUGAAUUCCCCUGAGGAGUGCCAAAAGAUUAGUAUGAAGGAAUGGAUGAGAAUAUCUUAUGAGUUGGUUGAUUCUCUAGCAUCCUGGAAUAAAGAGAUUAGAAAGAAUGCCACUGAGUCUUUAGGGUGUAUCUCCCGGAUAGUUGGCCCCCAGGAAAUACUAGAUAUCCUGAUAGAUAACCUUGAGUCAGAAGACAAGAACCAAAGAGCAGGAUCCUCACUUGGCAUUUCUAUUGUGGGAGAGUACAACGGGCUAUUCUCUAUUCUCCCAACCCUUGUGACUGACUACAAGACUCCUAGUCCUCUUGUGCAGCAAGGGAUACUCAAGACCAUGUGCCACUUUUUCCAAAGAGAGUACCAAGUGCCCUCGACGUAUGUAUACUCGAUGCUCCCUAUGAUUGAAGAUGCGAUGAUGGACGAAGACCCGCUGUACCGGAACCUUGGUAUAAGCCUUGUCAGACACAUAGUUCUAAACCAUCCUCCAUCAACCACAGACAUCGAGCUAGUCAUCCAUUUGCUCAAUUUGGUCUGGGCAAAUAUCCUUGACCCUGUUCCGGUGAUACUGCAAUCCUUCGAUGAAUGCAUGGAAUCCUUUGCCACCAUCCUCUCAUCUCAAGUUAUGUAUGGAUAUGUGCAGCAAGGCCUUUUUCACCCCUCAAGAAGAGUUAGAGAAAGGUAUUCCACUGUUUUAGAGAUAAUGGAGCACUUCGACAGCACCACUCUUUCACAGUGUUUUCUUGUAGAGGAAGAAUUCCUCAAUAUUCCAAAAUAA